CUCAGUAAGCUCUACAAUGGCGGACCUCCCACUCAUGAGAAUCGGAGGUAAAGGCUCCUCUCUCUCCUCCUCCGCCGUCUACGCCGUCGCCAACUCCCUCGCUCGCGUCACCAUCGACUCUUCCGCCCUCGACAGGCUCCCCUCCUCCACCGCCGCCGCCGCCGCUAAUGUCAAGCCUCACAACCUCCUCUCUCUCCUCCCUCCCUCCCCGUCCGUCGAAGAAUCCAGAGCCUCCCUCGUCGUCCUCCUCGCCAAGCUCCUCUCCGUCACCGGCAUCCGUCAGCUUCUCCCGCUCCGAAUCGCCCAAGCCCUAAAUUCCAACUCUUCUCUACUCAUCGGAGCUUCGGAGGCUCUCGAUUUGACCGACGAGGAGACUCUCGCGUUGGCGAACCUCAAGGACUCGUCGGCCUUGUACGGCGUCUGCGCGCUUCUCGACCGCCAGUCCGCGGCUCUCUCGACGAUCUCGGACGCCGUGGCGGCGCUCUCUUGCGAGGCGCUGAGGGCUGACGUGGCGGGGUUCAGUUCGGUUGACGCCGGCGACGGCUUUGGUUUGAAGGAGGAGAAGGGAGUCGCUAAUGACAUGAAGGUUUUGCUGAACGGUUCCAAGUUAGUCGGCAAAGUUGAGAUCGGAGCUGUAUCGGAGAUUCUGAACAUUCACGGCGGCCUGAGAACGGAGGUGAAAUCGUUGCAUGCUGUGACUCGAGCUAGGCUGAACUCCGGCGGUUCACAGAGCGCUGAGUCGGAGAGGAAAGCGUUGUUGGGGUUGGCAAUGGCGCUGUUUGACUUGGGGAGUAGCAGUCUCCGGCGAGCCAGGUUGGAUUUGGAGGCAGUUGGGAGCGAGAGGUUGGUGGAGUGGUUUGGGAAGCAAUGUACUAGUAGUGAUGAGAGGUUAAGAGGUGGGACUAAGUUGGUUAUGGAGUUGGCUAUUGGAGAUGAGAAGAGUUAUGCCAAGUUUGCGCAUAGAGUCAAUGUGGUGAUGGAGCUUGUUUGGAAGAUUGUGUCUUUGGAGGCGACGGUAGCGUUUGUGGCGCUGGAGGGAGGAGAGUUGAGUGGUGAAGAGAAGGGACAAGAGAAUGCGAAAGCAGGGAAGAAGAAGAAGAAGGUGGUUUUGGGGAAGGGGACGUCUGUUAUGGUGCAGUUGAUUAGAGAUAGGCUUCAGGGUGUGGGAGGAGGAAAUGCUACUGAUGGUUCAGAGUUGUUGGAAAAUGGGGUUAAGGAGCUGUUUCUGGACCCAAAUAGCUCUGAUUUUGAUGGUUUGUUGAACAAGGUGAAGGAGAUUGUAGAAAGCAAUGAGUCUAGAAGACUCCCAAAGCUUCCAAAGGGAACUCGUGACUUUGCGAAAGAACAAAUGACAAUAAGAAAGAAAGCGUUUUCUAUAAUAGAGGAGGUGUUUGAGAAGCAUGGAGCCACAGCCCUGGAUACUCCAGUUUUUGAACUGAGAGACACUCUCAUGGGCAAAUAUGGGGAAGAUUCAAAAUUGAUUUAUGAUCUUGCUGACCAGGGAGGAGAGCUUUCCUCGCUGCGAUAUGAUUUGACUGUUCCAUUUGCUAGGUAUGUUGCUAUGAAUGGCAUCACAUCCUUUAAAAGGUACCAAAUAGCAAAGGUCUACAGAAGAGACAAUCCCUCUAAGGGUAGAUACCGUGAGUUCUACCAAUGUGACUUUGAUAUUGCUGGGCAAAGUGAUAACAUGGUUUCAGAUUUUGAGGCUGUCUAUGUGCUAACAGAACUUCUUGAUGCGCUGAAUAUUGGGGAGUACGAGGUUAAGUUAAAUCACCGAAAGUUGUUGGAUGGAAUGUUGGAAAUAUGUGGGGUACCUCCUGAAAAAUUCAGAACUAUAUGCUCCAGUAUUGACAAAUUAGACAAGCAGUCGUUUGAGCAAAUAAAAAAAGAAAUGGUUGAGGAGAAGGGUUUGACUGUUGAGACUGCUGACAAAAUAGGUACUUUUGUGAAAGAGCGAGGACAUCCUUUGCAAUUGUUAUCUAAGCUUAAACAGGAGGGCAGCAAGUUCUUGGAGAACAGUUCAUCUAAAGAUGCUUUGGAUGACCUGCAGAUCUUGUUUGAAUGUUUGGAAAGUUCGCAGUGUAUUGGAAAAGUAGUGUUUGACUUGAGUCUUGCAAGGGGUCUUGAUUAUUAUACUGGAGUCAUAUAUGAAGCUGUUUUCAAGGGCGGCGCACAGAUGGGUUCCAUUGCGGCUGGCGGACGAUAUGACAACCUUAUAGGUAUGUUCGGUACAAAGCAAGUUCCAGCAGUUGGUGUGAGCCUUGGAAUUGAGCGAGUAUUUGCUAUUAUGGAGCAGACUCACAAAGACCAGAAUCAGACAACCCGGGCAACCAAGACAGAGGUCCUAGUGAGUAUAUUAUGGGAUAAUUGUAGAUUAGCAGCAGAGCUAUCAGGUGAGUUGUGGAAGGCCAACGUGCCAGCAGAAUUCUUGAUCAAUAAGAGAAUGACAAAGCACUUUGAUCGAGCAAAGGACUCUAAGAUUCCCUGGAUGAUAAUUGUGAAUGAAAAGGAACAGAAUGAAGGGGUUGUGAGAUUGAGGGACACUGCAGCUGGGAAAGACGUUGUAAUUCAAAGAAGUGACAUUGUUCAAGAACUUAAGAGACGGUUGGAUGCAUGAUACUUUCGUCUUGUAUGCAUAGAAGAACCUCGAGCCUGAUUCCCUUUCUACAUUUUUGUGUGUUUAUGUAGCCCUUUCUAAUCUACUCGUAACGUUUGGGUUGCAAAAGAAGCAACCCCAUUAUGGUGAAGAUGUUAAAUAUCGUUUUGUUAAAGUUGUUCAGAUAUAAUUUUAUGUU